CUCACGUGAUCGAACAUCUGACACAGCAGGCGAAGGAGCAGGAAAUGCAACAACAACAUCCCGAUCAUGUGUAGCUUUAAUAGAAGAUCUCGGUUAUUGAGAACAUGGCUGUUUUAUUUAUCGUUUCACUUCUGUCUCACACUUGCUGGAAAAAUGAAGAUAGUUGAGGAGCCGAAUACGUUUGGGUUGAAUAACCCUUUUAUGGCUCAGGGAAACAGACUGCAGCCCAAAGUCGCCCCAUCUCCAGUGUCUGGCCCGGCCCAUCUUCAUCGUCUUGCUGGAAAGUGCUUCAGCCUCAUAGAGUCCUUGUAUAAAUAUGAAUUCUGUCCAUUCCACAAUGUUACCCAGCAUGAGCAGUCAUUUAGGUGGAACGCCUACAGUGGGAUAUUGGGGAUCUGGCAGGAGUGGGAAAUGGCCAACAACACUUUCACAGGCAUGUGGAUGAGAGAUGGUGACACAUGUGGAACCAGAAACAGAGAGACAAAGGUGAUUUUGCUCUGCAGCAACAGCAGCAAACUGGUGCAAGUAUCUGAGCCCAGCACCUGUGUUUACUCGCUGACCUUCGAGACGCCGCUCGUUUGCCAUCCUCAUUCGCUGUUAGUGUACCCUACUCUGAAUGAGAAGCUGCAGGAAGAAUGGGAUGAAGCGGAGCAGGCCCGAUAUGAGGGUCUUAUCACUGAGCAGGGCUACAACAAUCUCCUGAGAGAUAUUUUUCAGGAUGCUGGACUCUUGAAGAGCAACAAAGUGACAGAGACUGUACCACAGGCAGAAGUAGAUUCAGGAAAGCCAAACUCUUUACAGAAAUGCCAAGAAGAUUAUCAAAAACAGAGUGAAGAGAUAGCAAGACUGCGUGCUCUCCUCACUCAGAAUAAUAUUUCUUUUGAGUCACAGCCAAAUGAACAAAAGGGUGCAGUGACUGUGCCAGCUAAAGACCAACACCUGAGAGGAGACACGGGUAUCUUCGAUCUACUGUGAAGAUCACCAGGAGCGGCAGGCUGCUUAUUUUAAAGGACCUGAGGGGAUUUAAUGUCUUUCUGGUCUGUUUGAAACGAGGUUCACACCAGUAAAAUGUGGAUUAAUUCUCUUGGGCAACACUGCAUCAGACUUUUAGGGUAAAGUUUGGACUGUUACCUUCCCAGUAUCUCCACAACCCCUGCAAGCUUUUCCGAUGUUUUAUGGAGGCAGCAUCACUGGAAACUAAAACAUCCUGCAGGCAUAAGAUGGAAAACUGUAACAAUGCCAUGUUUUAAUAGCUGUUAUUCUGAAUAUGACUGAACCUGUUUCGGCAUAUAUUAUUGAUACACUACUUCACCAAGCAGCCAGCAGUCACUGGGGGAGUUUGACACGCUGGACAUUUCACCAGUUCGUCACAGAGAUACACAGUAUUAACUUGGAGUGGGAGAGGAAGAUAAUAGUACCCAGGCGUGCACACAGAGAUUGGAGAAAAUCUAGCUGAAAGAAUCGCAGAUUGGGAUUCAAAUAUAAGACCUUCUUGUUGCCACCAAUUAGGCAUUAUUACCCCCUCUGACUAUAGUAGAAAAAACUUGACCAAGCUUUUGAGGUUGAAGUACAUACUGCUCUAUUAAACUUCCCCUCUGUAGACAUUUUUAUAGGAAAUGGAAGAUCCAUUGCAGUUUUAGUGAGGUUCAUAUCUUGACACUCCCCCCUGUAAUAUCCACGCAUAUAGAAAAAAGAAAAGACGAUUCCUCACUUUAAAGUGGGAGUGUUUGCUCUAAUCCUUGAUAUAUUGUCCUUUAUCAUUUGCAUGCGGGCCUUCUCCAACACGCUAUUCAAAUAGUUAAAUUCCCCUCAUCAACAUUCAAUCAUCCAGCUCUACAGAGGCCCAUUGAUGAAACAUUACUUGGUUCAGAUGUGAUGGGAAAGGGACACAUUUUAAAGCUGAUUUAGGUUUGAAGUUGUGUUCCUACUCUGAGACUUUGCCAAAACUGAUUCUGUAUCAUUUUUUACUGAGACAUUGGAAAUAAAAGAUGCAGCCUGAAUUGCACUACCAAUUUUUUUUUUUACAUUUAUUUAACAUGAUGUAAUGGUUUAGAUAGGGUUUGGUUAGAAAGAACCUUAAGAGAGGCUGCAAAAAAAAAAAAAAGGUUCUCUAAACUGAAAGGUGGACAUCUUCAGAAGAACUGUCAGCUUGUUUAAUGUUCUGUCUGGUAAUAAACAAAUGCAAAUAUGGAAAUGUAAGGGUUUAUUUAAAAAU